AUGACAAUGGUACCUGUUCAAAACGCGGAGGAGCCUGGCCAGCUAUGCCAGAAAAUGAGAGCGGCUGAGAGUGAAGGCAACAACAGCCCGGGCUGCGCUCCGCAGCAGCUUCCCGCUCCAAGAGGAUGUGGAAUGUUUACUUUUCUCUCAUCCGUUACUGCUGCCGUCAGUGGACUCCUGGUGGGUUAUGAACUCGGGCUCAUCUCUGGGGCCCUUCUGCAGUUAAGUGGCUUAUUAGCCUUGUCUUGCCCACAGCAGGAAAUGGUUGUGAGCUCCCUACUCAUUGGGGCCUUACUGGCAUCUCUCACAGGAGGAUUCCUGAUAGACAGAUACGGGAGAAGAACUGCUAUCAUUUUGUCAUCCUGCUUACUUGGGCUCGGCAGCUUGGUCUUGAUCCUGACUUUGUCCUAUCCAGUUCUUAUCGUAGGACGAAUCGCUAUAGGAGUGUCCAUAUCUCUGUCUUCCAUCGCCACGUGUGUAUAUAUUGCAGAAAUUGCUCCACAGCACAGAAGAGGCCUUCUCGUAUCACUGAAUGAACUUAUGAUUGUAAUUGGCAUUCUCCUUGCUUAUAUUUCAAAUUAUGCAUUUGCCAGUGUUUUCCACGGUUGGAAGUACAUGUUUGGCCUUGUUAUUCCACUGGGAGUUUUGCAGGCCAUCGCAAUGUACUUUCUUCCACCCAGCCCUCGAUUCCUUGUGAUGAAAGGGUAUGAUGAAGCUGCUAGCAAAGUCCUAGGAAGAUUAAGAGGCAUCUCAGAUACUACUGAAGAACUUACUGCAAUAAAAUCUUCCUUGAAAGAUGAACACCAAUACAGUUUCUGGGAUCUUUUUAGGUCAAAGGACAACAUGAGGACCAGGGUACUGAUAGGACUCACAUUGGUAUUUUUCGUGCAAAUCACAGGACAGCCAAACAUUCUAUUUUAUGCAUCAACUGUUUUAAAAUCUGUUGGGUUUCAAAGCAAUGAGGCAGCCAGCCUUGCCUCAACUGGAGUCGGAGUUGUCAAAGUAAUCAGCACAAUUCCAGCUACCCUUUUUGUGGACCAGGUUGGGAGCAAGACCUUUCUGUGCCUUGGCACUUCAGUGAUGGCUGCCUCCUUGGUAACGAUGGGUCUUGUAAAUCUGAAUAUCCAUAUCAAUUUUACUGGUAUCUGCAGAACUCAUAGUCCUGUCAACCACUCAUUAGAAGACUUGACUUUUUAUGGACAAGGGGAUUUGCCAGGGAGCAACAACAGUCUCAAAGAACUAUUUAUGGAGAACGCUCCAAAUGGCAAGAACCCACUAAUGUCGAUCAGAAGUGACACUGAAAGGCAAAGGGAGUUGGCCUGGGCAUCUGUGCCAAGUGUUGAAACCUCUAGACCAAGCCCAACACAAUACUACCAGGAAAUGGGCCCAGGUGACGUCCCAGAGUUUCUGAAGUGGCUCUCCUUGGUCAGCUUACUUUUUUAUGUUGCUGCUUUUUCCAUAGGUCUUGGACCAAUGCCCUGGCUGGUGCUGAGUGAAAUUUUUCCUGGUGGAAUUAGAGGAAGAGCAAUGUCUUUAACUUCUAGCAUGAACUGGGGCAUCAAUCUCCUUGUCUCCCUGACAUUUUUAACUGUAACUGAACUUAUUGGUCUGCCAUGGGUGUGCUUCAUUUACACAAUAAUGAGUCUGGCAGCACUUGUUUUUGUUAUUUUGUUUAUCCCAGAAACAAAGGGAUGCUCUUUGGAACAAAUAUCAGUGGAACUGGCAAAAUCGAACUAUGUGAAACACAACAUUUAUCUUAUGAGUCAUCAGAGAGAGAAGUUAGUGCCAACGGAGCUUCAAAAGACAAAACACCAAGAGCAAUUCUUAGAGUGCAAAAGGUUGUGUGGUAAAGGGCAGUCAAGGCAUCUCUUUCAGGAGAACUGA